UUGCUGCAGUGCUGCACCCUCCCUACGUGUUGCAGCAAAAUCUCUCAGCCACGUUCAUUCUCAGGAUUGCAUUCAUUAAAAUUGCUUCCAAAAGCAUUAGCUGGCUCGUAAGGUUCAGCACUGCUUUGUGUCUUCCCCACUGGAUUGAUUUGAAAAUCACAGGAUGUGUUUCUGAGGCUGCAGAGGCUCCAAGGUUGUGCUGAUCAUCUGAUUCCACUGCAGCACUUUCUGCUCUUGUGCCUUUGAGGUGCCUGUGCCUCACGUGGGAGUGCAGUGGGUUACCUUAAAGGGAAAAUCUGAUGAAACUUCUUCAAGAACUUGUUGUUACAUGUGAUAUCUUAGUGGAAUUUACUGGAAUAGAAUGGAGAUUCCUGACCUAGGAUCUGGAACAGAGCUGCAAACACAUUAAUUUCUCAGGGUGAGAUUGCCUCCACUCAAAGGAACAACAACAUACUGGAGAUACACAAAGUGUAUACCAUUCACCCAGACUAAGAAAAGCUUUGUUCUGAAAGGAACAAAAGAAUCAUGGCAGAAUGUACAGGUUACAAGGAAACCUCAAAUCGACACCUCCGUUUCAAACUGCAGAGCCUCAGUCGCCGCCUCGAUGAGCUGGAGGAAGCAACAAAAAAUCUGCAGAAAGCAGAGGAUGAGCUGCUGGACCUCCAGGACAAAGUUAUCCAGGCAGAAGGCAGCAACUCCAGCAUGCUGGCUGACAUUGAAGCCCUGAGGAAAAGAGUGCUGAAGAUUGAAGGCAAGGAUGAAGAAAUCAGGAAGGCUGAAGAGCUUUGCAGAUUAAUGAAAGAAAAGCUUGAAGAGGAGGAGAGCCUCACUCGAGAUCUGAAGUCAGAAAUUGAACUCCUUCAGAAGAGAAUGGCAGAGCUGGAGAAGCUGGAGGAGGCUUUCAGCAGGAGCAAGAACGACUGCACCCAGCUGUGUCUUAGCCUCAAUGAAGAGAAGAACUUGACCAAAAAGAUAUCUACAGAAUUAGAAAUACUUAGGGUGAAAGUGAAAGAACUGGAAUCAUCUGAGGACAGGCUGGAUAAAACUGAGCAGACCUUAACAGCUGAGCUAGAAAAGCUGAAAUCCUUAGCCCUGAGCUUCAUCACAGAAAGAAAACAUUUUAAUGAAAGAGAAAAGCAAAAUGAAAAAAUAAUCCAGGAGCUAACACAGAAAUUAGAACAAAACAAUAAACUAAAUAGGGCAGAUCAAACUAGAAAUGCAUCCAACUUGCUAGAAAGGUCAUCCAACAAUCUGCUGGACAGAAAUGAUAUCAGAAUUGAAGAUGACUUGACUUCUGCACUGCCUUCUAAGGAGACCAGGAGGAAGGGAAGUGUGGAUUACCUGAAACACGUAGAAAAUGAAACCAGGAAUAAAUCAGAAAACCAAAAGAAUAAAAACCAGGAAGAUAACAAAGUGAAAGAUCUCACCCAAGAAAUUGAGAAACUUAAAAUUCAGAUCAAACAUUUUGAAUCUUUAGAAGAAGAACUGAAAAAAGUGAGAGCCAAAAAUAAUGAUCUGCAAGACAGUUACCUGAGUGAGCAGAAUAAGAACAAACUCUUAACAGGUCAGCUAGAAGAAAUAAAAAUGCAAAUAAAGAAACAGAAAGAGCUGGAGAAUGGAGAAGUUGAAAAUGAAGAUACAAGCUUUUCUAGCAGGGGAAAGCACGACAGACCUAAAUACAGAGGUGUCCUGGCUGAUUUGGCAGCUGCUAAGCACAGGCCAAGGGAGCUCUCGCCACAGCAGCGCCGGGAAAGAGCGCGGAACAGAGACCUUGCCCUCAGCAAUGACAGCUACAGCCACACUGCCAAAAGGGUGCCCAGUCCAAGCCUGAUGAACAGAAAAGCAGGGAAAGCUUCUGCUGCAUCUGCCCUUUCAGACACUGCUGCCACAGAUACAAGGAGACUGGAAGAGAAAUCUUUAGUUUCCACUCUUUCUUCCGGUCAGAAGGAAAGCUGCGUGGUGCAGAACGAGGGGAAGAGAUCCAAAGAGCAGCCAUCUGUCCUCAGCCGGUAUCCUCCUGCUGCACAGGAGCAGAAGGCUUGGAAAGCACCUUCCAAAGCUGUUGGGGACACAGGCCUGAGAUCCAAGGUGGAAAAGCCGUCUCAGGUGUUCCGUGGGAGCUGCCAGAACGGCGCUGACGCACGGGAUGAAAAGCCGAGCAAAGGAGAAUCAGCGGGUUCUUUGUCUGAGAGGCUGAAGACAAGUCAGGCUGAGGUCAGUGAGGGCUUGGGGGACCCACAGCUCACCAGGGGUACCCACAGCUCUGCCAAUGGCACAGCCUCUGCUUACAGGUACCACGUGUCCUCCAGCGGGUCAGCCUCAGAGCCUGCUGCCUCCAAAGUGGAAGCAGCGAGCACUUUUGCCUCAUCACACAGACAGCCCUCAGAGGGGAGGGCCAAAAGGGCAGUGAUCUCCCAGGAAAGAGAAGCUGCAGACACAUCACCUGAAAGGGGGAAGCUUUCGACGCUGACCAAGCGCUCCCAUCACUCCAGGAGUCAGGAGGACAUUCUGCAGCUUCUCACAGGUCUUGAUAAAGAAGGCACUGAGCAGUCUUCAAGUUCAGCAGCAGAUCAUGUAAAUAUGGGUUUAAAAACUGAUUCUAAAACCAUCCAGAGUAACCAGGAAAAAGUUAAUUCAGAUGAAGAAUCAGGGAGAGGCAAAAAACCAACCGCUCUGUCAGAUUUUGAGACGAGAAAGAAAGUCAGUUCCAAGCAGUUCUCCAAUUCUAGGGGAGUUUUUAGAGCAUCGCUUUUUGAAAAUGACAAAAAAACUGUGAAUGAUGAAGACUCUAGCAAGAGCAUAAAACCAUUAGAUGCCAGCACUGGAGAAUUGAAAUCCAGAAGAUCCUUCAGCCCUAGAGAAGCUCUGAGAUCAAAAGCCAUCAUUAAACCUGCAAUUGUUGAGAAGGAUAUGAAGGCAAUCAUGGGAGGAACUGUUUCAGAGGCAGAGUCAGAAAAACAGAAGUCUACUUUUAAAAUGGUAACAAAUAAAAUGACAAGCAGCAUCACAAUCUUUCCUUCUGAGCCAACAGCUUCAAGGACCACUGCAGAUACAGCAGCCAAGGAAAGGCAUGUUUCCACCAGCAACAUCAGAGUGGCUUCAAAUGAGCCUUCACCACCAAUAACAAACAAUGUCCCUUCACCCUUUGAGGCAUCAAUAAAUAGAAGUGCUCUGAAGUCAUCUGAGGCAGACAGAAGUGGGGAGGCAGUGCUGAGGAGUAAAGCUGAAACAGUGGUCUCGAGAAGCAGCAUUAUGCUAAAGACCUCUGAACUGACAGAGAGGAGCAGUGCAGAGAAUCAGCUCUCUUCCAGAGAGCCUGUGGAGACAAUCAGCUGGAAGAGCCAUGGCUCAUCAGAUGCAGGUUCAUCCGAAACAAAGCACGUCACUGUCAGAAGUUCCUGGAGAACAAGGCAAGGCCUGCAUUCCCUGGAGGACUCUCAAACCAAAGUGGAGAAAAGUGCAACUUCCAGUGCCACAAACUUGUGUAGAUCCUCAGUGGACCUUUUAGAAGGGGAAGGGAGUAGUUCAAAAGCAGACUUCAUGGAGCAGCCUUCCUCAAGGACAAGUGCCACAGCUAAUUCUUGGAGUGCCCCUGAGCUGGGCUCCCGAAGGACCAAAAGCAACUUGAGUGCCCCUGAGCUGGUGCCCCGCCGGAGCUGUGCCAGUGACCCUGCAGCAGCUGCUGCCUGGCAGCGCUCCACGCCCCCUGAUGAGAGCAAGGAUUUUGUGUCCAGUUCCCGAAGGAAGCAGUAUGGCUCUUCUGAGUACCUCCUCCAGGCUGACCCUCUGGGCAAAAGGACAGCCAGGGUGGAGCUGCAGGACCCUGAAUCCAACUCCCCUGCACCACCAGGGCUCCAAGGAGAGGAGCAGGUAUGUGAGGGAAGGCAGUUACAGGGCAAGAAACCAAUACCUGAACUGAUCUCCAGAAACUCUCCACUCUUGUAGGAGAAACCAAGUCUG